AUGAAUCCUAUUCAAAAAGCCUGGCUCCAAAUAUUAUAACCAGUUUCAUUUGUAAUUAAUGAAAAACUUGCCAAAAGAAGCGGUUUAUUAGGAAAAAUUGGUAGAUUUUUCAUGAUUGGACCUAGAGAAUAUGGCGUCCAUCCCCUAAACAGAAUGUUUAUUUUCCUUAACAGAAAAUAUUUAAGUUAUUAAGGAGUAGCUUUGCAUAGAUAUUCAUUUAUAAAGAAUUUAACACAUAAUGGAUAUCACAUGAUUAGAAUUGUUAAACAUGCUUCUUUUGUUUUACCAACUUGCGUUUUAGCUGGUUUAGGAGUUUUUGCAUUUUAUGGUGAUUCUAAUAAAAGUUAUGCUCCUGAUCGAUUCCCUUAUUUGAAAAAAAAAGCAGGAGAUUAAGCUUUGCCUUUAGGUUCUUUAAAUUAAAGAACUUCUGCUCAUCUUAUUGAAUGUAAUAGUAUUUAUGGAGCAGAAAUGGUCAAAAGAUAUCAUUCUGUUUGGUAACAAAUUAUCUAAGAUAGAAAUUUAUGUACAGAAGAAGAAAAGAAAACUAAAUAUGCUCGCGAAGGUUACUAAUAUAAGCCUUUACCUGCUGUACAUUUACCUAAUGAAUCACCUUUUGGUUUACGUUUAUGA